AUGAAGCCAUCGACCACUCUCAACGUUUAUUUAGCCUCCUUCGCGACUCUGGCUGCUGCCAAGCAAGUCGGGUAUUUCCAGUCGUCGGACUGCGUUGACUCAUCGGGAUUCGAAUCAUGUUACCAGAAUGCCGAUCAGGCCUUUGCCAGUUGCGUCAAUAACAAUUGCGCGGGUGGAAACAAAGCUUGUACGGAGUCCUGCAAUGGGGACCCUGCAUGCGUGCAAUCGAAGUGUCCGGACUUGGGAAUAGAUUGUAUCAAUGCCUGCGAGUGUGUAAAGAACACGGACUACAUCGAAUGUACCGCAACCAGUUGUUGGAAUCAGGUGUAUUCUUGCGAGUAUCAAAAGACUGCCUACGACCUGCUUGACUCCUGCGUGAACACGACUAUCGACGCAGUCCCUUUCUUCCCGCCUCCUGAUAAUGCCCCCGCUGGCUGCUCCUGUAAUCUAGGCAGAGUCGCCGAGGUACAAAAGGUGGCGGAAAAUGCGAUGCAAACGUGCGCUGACAAUAUAACGCCGGAUUCCGAUAGCGAGCAGGUCAUCGUCUAUGGGUUCACCUGUGGGUGUUGCGGCCAAAGUUCUUAUCUCUCCUCGAUCUGGGACGUAUGCCCAAACACAAUACCCGCCCUACUAGGCGCAGAUUUCGUCUAUCAGGCUCUCGUGGAGAACAGUGACUGGAACCAGUGCGGGCCGUACCUUGAUUAUGACACUUGUACAGCGGAUCUGGGCUUUAGCAACCAGACAAAGUUCCACGGCCCAGGGAAGCUGCCUGCGAAUGGGACGGAAACACUGUAUAAUACGGGUGGUGUGAUUUCGACCCCAGUGAGCGGAAACACCUUCACCUGGACGAUCCACGACAGUCCACGCCCUAUCACAGCUGCGGCCACAAACAAGGCUGUACCGACAAAAACAGAAUCCAGUGGUAACAGUGCGACAGCCACUGCGGAGUCAGGGGCAGGCCAUAAAUAUAGACUCUCCUUGUGGACUCUGGUUGGCACAAUUGGUGCUGGAUAUAUGCUUAUGGGAUAG